GUAGUCUGGCUGAGCAGGGGGCAAAGUGACAGCAUGAGUGCAUGUUUUGUGUGUGUGUGAGAGCGAUGAGGGGGGGGGGGAGACGGGGUUAUCUGCGAGUGCAUGUUGCCACUCUGUGUCUACAUGUGGGGUUUGUAUGCAGACAACAUAUGUGGCCCAGUGCAUGGAGAUGUAUAAGUAAGGAGAAAAAAAAAACUGUUUUCCCUGAGUGGACACGCUGCAGCCUGCACAUUGACUGGACUCCAUUCAUUUUGUUGACUUUUUUCCCCCGAUUUGGAUUAAUCUCGACUACUUUUUUUUUUUUACUUUCAUUAAAUUAGAAAAUUCAAAAAAAAAUUUCAGUUAUUUUUAUUUUUUAUUUUUUUUUGGGAUAGAAAUCGUCUUCUGUUAUGUUUUCAUCCAAAGCUGAUGCUCACCCCCCUCUUGGCUCCACGUAGCGCUGAGUGGGCGAGGGGCCUUCCUGGAUUUACCGGCAGCUUAGAUGCUUGUGGGCCACACUCGCAGCAGAAGGGAGAGACUGGGAGAGCAGACGAAGUGACAGAGCGCUGGGAAGAUGUACCUGUACAAAGCCACGUGCCCGGACAUCCCCAACCCCAAGCAGAAGAACUCCAGGGGUCAAGGUGGCGUCGGGGUCCUGGCUCAGGGGCUGGGUCAGGGGAGGCUGAUCAAGCAGGUGUCCGUGGGGCCGGGCUCACGGUCUUAUGCCCCUGUGAUGCUGUGGACUACUGCGAACAAAGCCAACAACGCAGCGCAGCUCAAACAGCUGGAGGAGUUCCUUAACUUCCACUCGUUGUCUCUGCUCGACACGGUGAGGAGUCAGACCGGCAUGGUCUACAGGAACCUUGGCAAGUCUGGGCUCAGAGUAUCGUGCUUGGGACUGGGUACAUGGGUGACGUUUGGAGGGCAGGUAACAGACGAGGUUGCAGAGCAGCUGAUGACCAUCGCCUAUGAGAGCGGAGUCAACCUGUUUGACACAGCUGAGGUUUACGCAGGCGGCAGGGCCGAAAUCAUUCUUGGAAACAUCAUCAAGAAGAAAUGCUGGAGGCGCUCAAGCUUGGUGAUCACAACAAAGCUUUACUGGGGAGGAAAAGCCGAGACAGAAAGAGGAUUGUCAAGGAAACACAUUAUCGAAGGUCUGAAAGGCUCCCUACAAAGGAUGCAGAUGGAGUAUGUAGAUGUUGUUUUUGCCAAUCGCCCAGACAGCAAUACUCCCAUGGAGGAAAUUGUCCGCGCUAUGACCUAUGUGAUAAACCAAGGCAUGGCCAUGUAUUGGGGGACGUCUCGGUGGACCGCUAUGGAGAUCAUGGAGGCGUACUCUGUGGCACGGCAGUUUAAUCUGAUCCCGCCGGUGUGUGAGCAGGCAGAGUAUCACCUCUUCCAGAGGGAGAAAGUGGAGGUGCAGCUCCCUGAACUCUAUCAUAAGAUAGGAGUCGGAGCGAUGACUUGGUCACCGCUAGCCUGUGGCAUCAUUACAGGAAAAUAUGAAAAUGGCAUCCCCGAAUCAUCAAGGGCCUCCAUGAAGUCGUACCAGUGGCUGAAGGAGAAAAUAGUGAGCGAGGAUGGAAGGAAGCAGCAAGCCAAGCUGAAGGAGCUCAACCACAUCGCAGAGAAGCUGGGCUGCACCCUGCCUCAGCUGGCUGUGGCAUGGUGUUUAAGAAACGAAGGGGUGAGCUCAGUCCUUCUGGGAACAUCCAACCCUGAGCAGCUUACCGAGAACCUCGGGGCCAUACAGGUCCUUCCUAAGAUGACCUCUCACGUCGUGUCAGACAUCGACCACAUCCUCGGCAACAGACCGUACAGCAAGAAGGACUACCGCUCUUAGACCCGGCUGCUGGACCCGCCGGAGGUCUUCUGCCAGCAAACCUAACCGCGCCUCUACCUUGAGCUGUCCUCGGGUUCAGCGUUCAGACACACAGCUCUCUCCUUGGACGUGCCUCGCCAGCCACACAGACCACUCCAGCCGGAAAAACGGACAACUCUGCUCCGCCCCAAGCAUUGCGUAUUCUGUAACCGUCUUCAGUCGAGACUUUUCCGCUUCGAUCCCCCCUCUCAGGUGCAGUCCAGCUUGGACGUUCUGCUCAGACGUCCCGCCGCCUCAAACGCAGCUCGCCAGAUCAGAACCUUCCAUCGGCGAUCGAAGGCACUUGCUCAGGCAGCAAGUGCGCACACAUAUACAGUAUUUUAACUAUGCAGAGCUUAGAGUAGGUCAGACUCGUUGACGCGCUUACAUCGUUAAAACACUCGAUCCGCCGUUAGACGAGAUUCAAGUUCUAAUAUUUAGUCACGUCCUCAACUACAGCUCAUCUUUAGAGACGUCAGAGUUUGCAUCAACUCCAGUCGGCUCACAAAGACAAAAAGGCGUUGCAGAGCUAUCUGAAAUUAAAGUGCCUUCUAUAAGAGCACCUUGAUUUAUUCAUCGGAAAGCAUACAAGUUCAUUACGGUCAAAAACCUCAUCACCCUUAUCCUGGCCUGUAUUCACAGCUCAUUCAAGCACAAAAUUCAUAUUGGGAGCCUGUUUUGUUUUGUUCCACAGCGGGACACGCCAGUAGAGUCAGCUUAUGUAAAAAAAAUUAAUUGACAGACCUCAGAUGAGUGGACGGGCAGAGGCCUCGGUUGCAUGCUAAACGAGACACUUAUUCACUUCUUUUAUUAGUAUGCCAAACAGCAUGGCAAAAUAAAUUACCAUAUGCGCUCCGAAGCCUCACCUCCUUUUGUCAGAGGCGCCCGAUCAUGUCCUGGGAUGAAACGUCUCUCGGCAAAAUGCAAUCUUUACCAAACGACAAGGUGACCCGCUCCACCCUGAAAAUGAAGCUUUAUGCAUAUAAAUAAGACCUCCACAAUCAUCAGCGCCAGUCAUCUUUUAAAAUGCCUUCUAAAUGUAAUCAAUCCCAUAUUUACGGAAUAGUAACGAUGAGUAGAUAACGCUGGCUGCAGAUCCCCUGAGUAUUGCAACCAACAGAUGCAUGUUUCUCUGCUACAGUGUGCCUCUUUUCUUCUUUUUGAUACGUUUUUUUGAUCAGAAAUGCUGCGAGCGUGCCUGCUGUGUGACGCUGGUGAAUGCCAGAGGACUGUGGUACCAGAAAAACACAAAUAGCUGGACUCUGGUAGGAGGGAAGAAAAAAAAAAGGGGGCAAAAGCGAAGCAUGUCGCCCUCGUGAGGAAACGUUGAGAAACUGCAACCAGGUUUCGAGACACGAAAACUAAAGCGGGUUGUUUUGAAGUCACAGUGGAAAAAGUGCAGGAUUUUGAACUGAAGCAGCAUCACUGAUUUCUUCGUGGAACAUGGACCUUACUGAUGACAGCUUAUAACUAAGAUGUUUAUUUUAAAAAGAGAGAAAUAAAGACUGGUUUAAAUCUGCCUGGUUAUGGACAGAGAAAAGACUUGUGGGGUGGGGGAAAUCUUCAAAUCUAUUUUGGCAUUUGAAAAGCAAAGUAUGGCUUGUUCGAAGAUGUGAAAUGUAUAUAGAGGUUUACGGCGAACCUUGUAACAUAAGUAAACUACCAAGAGGCGAGGGCUUUCCUGUACUGUAUGGCAAACCUAUAAAUGAGAUGUAAAUAGA